CUGGGACGUUGGCGUCUCUAUGGCGACGCGACGCUUCCUCGGCGUGGUUGCUAAGCGACAGAGGCCUGCUGUUGUAGUGCUGGGAGUCCUCUGUAGCGAACAGGCCUGUACUGGAAGACGCUGGGGAUGCCUCUCAAGGUGGUGGUUGAGCUGCAGGUCCACUCGGUCUCUUGCCCUGGUGUGCAUUUGGCAGAGAAGAGUGAUGUCUACCUCCACGUGUGCAUCAUGGGUCAAUGCAAGGAAACGGAUUGCCUUCCUCCCACCUUCCCUCUCUUGUUUCAUGAGAAAAUGUGGUUCGAAAAGAUAUUUGAAAAGGCUACUGACCCUGUUGAAGUAGUAGAACUGCUAGAAAAAAAUCUGACAAAGAUUCGAUUAUCUGAGCUGAUAUCUUCAGAGAAAGAAGAUCUUGCCAACUAUGAAGAGAACACUCGAGAUUUUUUAUUUCCUGAGCCCAAACUGACUCCUCCAUAUCCUGGAGUGGACAGAGAGUUAUUAAUGAACACACCUCCAUCCUUCCCAGGCAUUGCACCAAAAUUAGAGUUUUCCACAAGAACAACAAUUACAGAACUUCCACUUCUGCCCAGAACAUGGUAUCGUGGCAGAACUAAAACCAGGAUGCAAAGGACUGCCUCAGCAUCACCACGGCGAAAGAGUGUCUCACCCACACGAUCUAGGAUGGCAAAGAGUAAAAGCUGCAAGAGAUUUACAAGACAUCUAAGAUCCCGAUCUCCAUCUCCAAGCCCAGUAAAACAUCUCAAUGAGAACUUCACCAAAAGUCAGUCUCAGUUCUCUCUUCUGAACCCGAGGUCCAUUAAAUUCAAAACAGAAGCAGACCACAGGCCACCUUUUGUAGUUAGACAUGUAGAUACUUCUAAAACAUUUGGUGAACAAAGCCCAUCACAGGUACAAUUUCGAAGUGCAAGACAAAGUACAAGUCCAUCAAGAAAUGCUCACAAAUUUCAGUUGAAACGAGCAUUAUCAUUUGAUAGCUGGAAAUCAUCAAGUCCAGCAGCUAAGGUUAUCAGAGAGCCAGCUAAACAACAUAGUUCAGAUCCUGCUUUGUCGUCAUCUCCGGAAACAAAGGAACCUGUCAGUGAUUCACUGAAUGUUCCUUCUAUUUCCUCAAAACCGGAAACAAAGGAACCUGUCAGUGAUCCACUGAAUGCUCCUGCUAUUUCCUCAAAACAUUACUGGUCACCAAGUCCUCAGGAGAGAUGGGCAGAAUACAGGAUGUACAGCAGCCCCGAUUUCACCUGGGAAGAAAUUAAUGAGAGAGUGAGGAAUCUCCUAACCUCAGAUGAGGCCAGGAAGAGACUUUCUGUUGGAGCCACUGAUUUGGAAAUUGAUGAAGUCCUUGAAAGAAGGUCCAUCUCACUGAGGAGUUCUCCCCAGAAUGAAUCAAUGGACAAAAAUUACUUCUCAUAGUUGUCCCCUACAAGAACAAAUGCGGUAGCCUUGAGAUAAACUUGAAGAUCCAUUGCUGGCAAGAUCAUAUUCUGUCAAAAAUUGAUGGAUGUCUCAACUGUGUUGAAAAGUAGCCGCUGUACUGUAUGCUUGUGCUGAUUAAAUUGUUGAUUUAUACAUUUUCAAAGAAGUGUGAACAUAUCAGUUCAGUUCCGGUUGGAGCCACAAGAGUUUUGACGAUACGGUACAUACUCAGACUUGAGCGGUGAAAAGUAUUCUCCAUGAAGAAAAAUUGGAGUCAUUUUACCAAUUAAAAUAAAUGUUGUGAUCAUGCUCCAUUUCAGUGUUUUCGAACUGAAGGGUGUAACCCAAUAAUGCAGGGCGCCAUUUUGAAUUUAAUAAAGAUGGAGGCAAAUGGAUUUUAAUCAUUUUAAUCAUGUACUGGAGAGAUUCAUAGCAAGCUCUACAACCUCUCUCUUGGGGUGCAUCUACACUGUUGAAUUAAUGCAGCUCGACACCACUUUAACUGCUGUGACUCAAUGCAAUAGAAUCAUGUGAAUUGUAGUUUUAUACACAUUUUAGCCUUUUAUGCCAGAGAGGCCCAGAAGGUGCAGCGAGUUAAACAGCUGAGCUGCUGAACUUGCUGCCUGAGAGGUUGACAUUUCGAGUCCGGGAGUGGGAUGAGCUCCUGCUGUUAGCCCCAGCUUCUGCCAACCUAGCAGUUUGAAAACAUGCAAAUGUGAGUAGAUCAAUAGGUACCACUUAGGCGGGAAGGUAAUGGCACUCCAUGCAGUCAUGCCGGCCACAUGACCUUGGAGGCAUCUAUGGACAACACCAGCUCUUCAGCUUAGAAAUGGAGAUGAGCACCAACCCCCAGAGUCGGACAUGACUGGACUUGAGGGGAAACUUUUACCUUUACUAUGCCAGAGAGUGCUGGUGCCUCAGCAAAGUACAAAUUCCAGGGUUCCAUUGCAUCGAGCCAUGGCCAUUAAGGUGGAGUCAAACUAUAGGUGCAUCCUUGGAUAUACAGUAUUUAAAUUUAAUGGAUCAGUCUUAAGCUCCUGGACUUUCCACAAUAACCAUAUAACUACAUUAUGUGGUCUACAACAGGAGUCCCCAAACUAAGACCAUCGUACAGAAUGCAGCCCACCAAGGUCAUUAUUAUUAUUAUUAUUAUUAUUAUUAUUAUUAUUAUUAUUAUUAUUAUUAUUAUUAUUUACCCAGCCCACACCCUAAACUUUAGACUCAGGUUCACCCUACUUCUGAAAUAGCAUGAAGGCACACAACAAUAACAAUCCUAGUUAACUUGAUUAUCUCAUCAGCCAAAAGCAGGACCACACUUCCCAUUGAAAUAAUGUAAGUUUAUGUUACAAUUGUUCAUUUGAAAUAUUGUAUUGUUCUUUCAUAUUUUUUUGCCCUACAAAUAAGAUAUGUGUGGUUUGCAUAGGGAUUUGUUCAAACUAUAUGUGUGUGUGUGUGUCCCCAGUCUGAGGGAUUGUGAGACCAGCCCUCUGCUUAAAAAGUAUGAGGGCCCCUGAUCUAUACUAGCGAUAUAAUACUGCAUUUAUGGUAGUGUACAUCCAGCCUACAUCAGCCCUGGAUCUGUUGUAGUUACUUAAUUGGAGGGGAAAUGUUGAAAAUAUAGCAAAUGUAUAAAAGGGGGGAACAGGAAACCCUCCCCUCCCUCUACAAGUUUUUUCCCAGAUGUAGCAGUACAAAGAUUUCUUGAGAAAUUGAAUAUUCUCUGCCUAAGAAAGGAGCCUGUGGCUUCAUAAAAGACUGGUCACAGGAAGAGCUCCUUCAUUACUGCUGAUGGAGUUUAAAUUUUACUAUCCUUUGUCCCAGUCUGAAGUGAGUGGUUAAUUCCUACAUUUAACCUCAACUUCUAGUGUCAAAAGAAAAAAGGGGAAGGGAAAAAGAAAAGAAACAUCACUGUCUUGUUUUUCCCUGCCAUGUAUAAUUUUAUAAACGUCUCUUCCCUGCCCUCUUUCUGAUAAAGAUCUAGAGGAGCUUUUCUGUGGUAAAGAGGAGCUCCAAUUCCUUGAUCACUGUCCUUCUCUGCAAGUCUGCUAUUCCUGCAUGUUGAAGUGGGCACCAAGGCCAUUGCGGAUACAAGGGUAGGCUUGCCCUGUUAUCAGGGGGCCUAAACUUCAGAUACAGGCAGUCCCUGAGUUACAAACAUCUGAGUUACAAAGGACUCAUAGUUGAGAACGGGGGUGAGACAAUAGGAAGUGAGAGAAAUCUACCCCCCCCCCCCGAAGGGAAAUCCAUUCCUGGAAGAUUCAUUACGGGGAAAAGCUUUAUCCCCAAUCCUUGUUUCCACAACAAGUCAAAUUUUCAAUAUCAAAUUAUCACACGGACGGAAAGCGAGGUGAAAUCUUCUGAACUGAGACAGCUGAGACAGAACAAAUGCCACAGGGGUGUUAACCAUUCCUUAUGUUAUCCAAAGUGUGUGUGUGAGUGUGUGUGUGUGUGUGUGUGUGUGUGUACCUGUUGCGACUUUCAUAUAAAUUCAGUUUAAGAACAAACCUACAGAACCUAUCUUCUUUGUAACUUGGGGACCACCUGUAAUGACUACUUAUUUUUCCUCAAGGAUGUUUCUAUGGAUGGCAACUAAUUUCCAAAGUAAAUAAAGCUGAAAUCUCCCAGA